AUGGAUUCAAUGAUUGAAACACAAAACAAGUCCAUAGUUGAAAUUCUCUACAAAGCUUUAUUAGGCCAAGGAGCAAUGGAAUUCCAAAUGGUAGCAAAAUUGCUAGCAAGUGAUCUUGAGUAUUGGUUCCAUGGUCCACCAAAAUGUCAACACAUGAUGAAGGUGUUAACUGGCGAAAUCGAUCACAAAAAAGGGUUCAAAUUUGAGCCAAGAAGUGUGACAUCAAUUGGUGAUUGUGUUAUAGUUGAAGGUUGGGAAGGACAAGCCUAUUGGGUUCAUGUUUGGACGUUGAAAAAUGGGUUGAUUACGCAAUUUAGAGAGUAUUUUAAUACAUGGCUUGUUGUGAGAGAUUUGAGGCCAUUGAGAUGGGAAGAAGAUCAUCAUCAUAAGCAUGAUAGUAUGAUGACAUUGUGGAGAAGUCAACCUCGUGAUCUUUAUCGCAGGUCUCUUCCUGGACUUGUGUUAGCUAUUUAG